AUGGCGAUUGAAAAAAAAGCCAAAGCGUCAGUAGCAUGUUCACGCUGCCAAGAUCCUGCCAUUAAUCACUGCGCAUCAUGUGAAAUAUUUAUGUGUAAGAAAUGUUCAGAGUCGCAUGACAGUUGGAUAGUGAUUAUGAAAUUAAGCCAUAACGUGUUAUCUGUACAGGAACUGAGCAAUCCUAAAAGUCAAGUGAAGAUGAGAAACAAGCCGCUUUAUUGCAUAAAACAUAAAGAUGAAGUACUCAAAUACUAUUGCGAAACAUGCAAGGAACUUAGCUGUGUAGAUUGUGUGAUUUUAAAUCAUCAGAAACAAAACCAUUCGUGUGUGGCAGUGAGUGAACUCACACAGAAGCAAAGACAAACAUUGCAAUCAAGCUGCACAACACUUGGUGAGAAAUUAGCUGAAGGAAAGGAAGCGUUAAACAAUAUUUGUGAGGUCAUGAAGUCUCUUGAAAAGAAUGCUAAAACUGCUAAAGAUCAAAUCAAAGAACAAAAGGAAAAUAUCUUGAAGAUUGUGGCAGAAAAACUUGACGAGAGAGCAAAGAUAAUGAAUGAGGAAGUAGACAAGGUUUAUGGUGAAUUACAUAGUGAACUGAGCAAACAACAUGAUGAAAUGAAAGAUUAUCUUGAUAAAGUCCAAGCUUCAGUGUCUUUGCCAAGGAAUCUCCUAAAGAGGGGAAGUAUUGAAGAAAUUCUCUCAUCACAAAAAUUAAUUGAUGAGAAAAUUGAGAAGUUGAGAAACGAACGGCCGGAGAGUAUGGCCGCAGUUAAUGAUGGUGGUAUUCAGUAUGUACCUGACGACAUUCAUAAUAUCAAUGUUGAUGAAAUUGUUGUUAGAUUGGGAUAUGUAGAAGGUAUGUAGAAUAUAAUUGAAACGGUUUAUUUAAAAAGUAUGUUUGGAACCCAGCAGCUAACUAAAUUAACCUGUUAACGACCCACACGUAUCCAAUACAUUCCUUUUACGUAAUCUACUUCUUCAAAAACAACCUUUGAUAUUUUAUUGACUUGUGUUUAUCUGACUGAGCUGCAACGUUCUCUCGUUAAUUCCAAUAGUGGAUGUAGUGACUGGAAUGGGGUGAAUGGGUAUUUUCGUUUAUCGAGUAUGAAAAAGUAAAGUAAACAUGUUUUAAAUCAGUGGCAUGCAGAGACUUUCCCCAAUAAUUUACGGAAUGCAAUGUGCAACAAAACAGCUACAACGGUUUUUACAACUGUGGAAGCCUUUCUUGGCCAAUAAUUGAAUCAUUUUGCAUUAGAUUUGUAGCAAAAUAUUGGCAAUCUUAAUUCGAACCACUACCACAAGUAUCCGCCACAGUUUUGACAUACUGUAUUGUGAAGUGAAGUAGGCCUAUAUUCAUGUGUGCUUUUGCAAUCGGGGUCAAUUCCUGCAAUAUGCAGUUUUCGUAUUACUUUAUGAUAUUGCUUAAGUCACAUGUGAGAGGAAAACUUCCAGUUCAACUCAACUGCAAUAUUAUAAAUAAAUUGAUUAAUAGUUCGGCAGAUCAUCUUAAUACAGAUCAAAAACAAAUAAUAAUCUUCUCAAGAUUUUAACAAUUCAUGUUUCUAUAAUGUUGACAUGUUCAUGCUUUAAUCAUACUAUCCUACUAAGAUCUUUUAGAAAUUUACCAUAAUCUUUAAGACGUAGCGCUACCAUUAUUAGAGAUCUUACGAUUUUAGGCCGGCAACGCGACGGCGACGGCCAAAACAAACGCCUUCAAAUAAAUGCAGUAAAGAUAGUUCGUGGUAUUUUAUCAAUAGUAUGAAUUUAAUACAGUUUUAGAAGUUGAAGACAUGGGUUUUAUGGUUGGGAAGAGUUCUGCUAAACCCAGUUUGAAGUUUCACUUGUUGCGGCUUGGAAUGCAGCCGUUGUAUCUGGAAUGUAGCCGUGAAGAUAUGUGAUUUGGCGUUGUAAACAGAGCGACGACAAUGUCUAAAUUAUUCAUACUGUAUAUUGUAAUUACUCAUUCUUUUCAAUGAUCUAUUGUAUUGGUAGCCGUUGCCGCCCUAAAAUCGUAAGGUCUCUAUUGCGUUGGUGGCGCAGGGAUCUUGCAUGGAAAGCUUGCUAACUUAGAAUGUAUUGUUUAGGAGGUGAUCCAUAUGUUUCUAGAAAUUUAAGAAAGUCCUCCAGUAUUUUGAAUGGAGAAGUUGCCUUCAUGAAACAACUAGUGAAAUGGUUGGGACACAAAUGUAAAUGGAAUCUUUGUUAUCGAGGGUCCAGAGAUGGUUGCAGUGCCCGCGAUUUUCACAGAUAUUGUGACAAUAAAGGACCGACAGUGGUUUUAGCAAAAGCCAAUGAUUGUAUCUUUGGCGGAUACACUGACCAAAACUGGGAAUCAGGUAUGUAAGAUCCGAUUUAGAUAUUAAUAUUUCCAUCAUUUAUGAGAGCUAUAUAUUUGUCCUUGUAUUUAAGAUUAUGUUCGCACAAGACUGGACGAAUUCGGCAGCGUACGCAAAUUUGUUCAGUUCCAUUUGUUUACACUGGAAUUCCUAGGGUUAGCUGUGUUUGAAUUCGUCCAGUUUCAUGUGUCCGACCUGAACGUUUAACGUCCGGCCCCGUGUGCAUCAACGUGGGUCGAUUGGGUCAAAAUCAUUUCGAUCAUAUCUAAAAGUAAACAUUACAGGAACCAUUGAAUAUUUGACUAAACAUUAAUUAUUUAAAACUAUUUUCAAUAUUAGGACAUUAUGCUUGGAGACGUUCUAACUCGUCAUUUUUAUUCUCGCUACGAAACAAAGAAAACCUUGCCCCAUUUAUUGCCAACAUCAAGCAAGGUCAGGAGCCGAACGCAAUCUACUGUCACUCUGGUUUUGGACCAGUGUUUGGUGGAGGUCAUGAUCUGAUAAUUUGUAGCAAUCCUCAAGUUAAUAACUCAUACGGCGAUUUUGGACACACAUAUCAACUUCCUCCCGGUUAUGUUUAUGAAAGUGACCAAGCAAAAAACAUGCUUGCUGGUCAGUUCAGAUUCUUAACGACAGAAAUUGAAGUCUUCAACUGAAACCUUCGUUUACUUAGUUUAACGAAAAAUAACAGAAGUCAUAACAUUGAUUCCAAUCGAUCUUAAAGGCAAGCAAGUGUUAUUGCAAUUCUAGAAAGUAUUAAAAAUUGAAACUUUUUUAUUCUUUUUAAAAGGCUAUUUAAUAAAGGAAAUAGAAAACAUAUUUUCCGUGUUCUUAUACAGUUUAUAGAAACACUUGUGAAAAUUUGUGAAAAACUCGAAAUUGCGUGGAAACACUCACACUUCGUGCUCGUGUUCCCACGCAAUUUCUUGUUUUUCACAAAAUUCCACUAGUGUUUCUAUAACUCUAGGAACACGGAAAAUGUUUUCUAUUUCUUAAAUAACUAAGGAGUUCAGAAUUUUUAAAAACUAAUCUUAAGUGCUGUUGCUAUGGCAACAAUAACGUCACAACAUAGCGGAUAUUUUAAAGUAAUUUAACUCGAAAGAAAGCUCGGUUACCCAAUUUUUUAUUUCAUAAAAUGAUUUCAUUUAGUAUUUUGAAUUAUUUUCAAUUUUUACAUUUUCCUAUCUUGAAAAUUUCGGCAUGACAGAAUUUUUUUAAAUUAGAAAAAUAAUUCAAAAUACCAAUAAAAAUUACUUUUUUACCGUAUGUUAGCACGUAGCCAUUCAGCGACGAGCUUAUAUAAUUUAAGCCAAUCUUAUAUAAUUUAAGCCAAUCAGCGAUUAUGUUACAUCGUGUCCGUCAUCUAACCUGUGAACGGGCAUGGUGUGGCCUCGUGUUAUUCAGAAAUUCUCGCCAUUUUGGAUUUCAAAUAUUGAAUUGCUGUCUUAUUUUCUUGCCAUAUUUCUACUAUCAACAUGGAAAUUUAUCCUCAUCUUGAUCUGGUAAGUAGUCAAUCUCUUCGGAGAUCAAAACAAUCUCUUCGGAGAUCGAAACAAUCUCUUUGGAGAGCAAAACAAUCUCUUCGGAGAGCAAAACAAUCUCUUCGGAGAGCAAAAAACAAUCUCUUCGGAGAGCAAAACAAUCUCUUCGGAGAGCAAAUAAACAAUCUCUUCGGAGAGCAAAUAAACAAUCUCUUCGGAGAGCAAAUAAACAAUCUCUUCGGAGAUCAAAUAAACAAUCUCUUCGGAGAGCAAAUAAACAAUCUCUUCGGAGAUCAGAACAAUCUCUUCGAGACCAAAACAAUCUCUUCGCAGAACAAGCAAAUACAUAUAACAUUGUACAUCUAUACCGUACUCAUAGUAGCUAUAUUAAUAAGUGUAUAAAUUCGAAUCACAGUGCAUGUAGUUGCAGAUCGACUGUACGGAAAUUAACUAAGCAAGCAAAUGCUAAACGAUCUAGAGACCGUGCCCCUUCCAGAUUGUGUUUAAAGAGAAUUAUAUUGGCAAUGAAAAAGAGAAAAAAUAGAUCAUUUUUAAAGCAUUAUUUUGCAAGAAAUGUUCCCAAGUCGUCCAUUUUGAACAAGAUAGCUUGUAAUUUUAAGCACUGUUGUUUUCAAUUUGUGCAAAUACAACAUAUUUUUAUCAAUUCAUUUGGAUAUUUUAAGCCAUGUGUCAACAUAAACAUGACUACAGCAAAACAAUCAUUGUGUAAUAUGUUCUACAGUCAAAACAUAGCAGGCAAUAUUGCCAAUGAACAAUAUCACAUAUCUCAAAGGGCACUAAUGUUGUCAGGAGAUAUUGAAUUAAAUCCUGGUCCUGUUCAAAACAACAGUCCAACUAGGUUGUCAUCAAAUGUAGUGUUACAACAAAGGUUAAGACGCUUUCAGUUAAGACCAUUUGAUGUUGGUGGUGAUGGUGACGGUUUCUUUCGAGCUGUGUCACAUCAAGUAUAUGCUAACCCUGAACGACACUUUGAAGUUAGAGCGGCUGGUAUUGCAUAUAUGAGAGAUAAUCCUGAGAGAUUCAUUGAAAGUAAUACUGAAAUCUCUUGGUUAGAAUACCUCAAUAAUAUGUCUAUGCAAGGGACAUGGGGCGAUGCUAUGAUAAUACAAGCUGUGGCUGAUCAGCUUGAGUUAAAAAUUACUAUUGCAGAGACACAUGAAAGGUUUUGUGAGUACAGUAUAAUACAACCUGUAUCAUCAACACAGCAACUAACUCAUGUCUAUUUCGGUCAUAUAGAUGAGCAUCACUAUGUAUCAACAUUGCCAUGUACUUCAAUGUCAGGUUUUAGUGAGAUAUCAACCCAGAGCUCUCAGUCUAAGCAAACAAGAACACAGUAUAUAAGCAAAUACAUGAAACAAAAACGAGCUAAUGAGACACAGAGCCCUGAGGCUAGGGAAAAGAGAAGAGUUUAUGCCAAGGAAUAUAGGAAACGUAAACAGGCCAGUGAGAGUUCCCAGCCCUCAACACUGAGCAUUGAGUCUAAACAAAUGAAAAGACUGUACGCAAAGGAAUAUAUGAAGCGUAAACGGGCCAGCGAGAGUUCCCAACCCUCAACACGGAGCAUUGAGGCUAAACAAAAGAAAAUAAUAUAUGCAAAGCAAUAUAGGAAACAAAAACAGUAGGAAUAUAUGAAGCGUAAACGGGCCAGCGAGAGUUCCCAACCCUCAACACGGAGCAUUGAGGCUAAACAAAAGAAAAUAAUAUAUGCAAAGCAAUAUAGGAAACAAAAACAGUACAGUGAGAGUUCCCAGCCCUCAACACUGGGCAUUGAGGCUAAGCAAAAGAAAAGACUGUAUGCAAAGCAAUAUAGGAAACAAAAAUAUUGUAUUGUGAGAUUGAACCGCUACAAAGUUUAAUAUCCAAAUUUCAUGAUAUUGUCUCACAAGGUCCUCUUUAUAUUUGCACUUGUUGUGACCAAUUAUGGUACAAGCAUAGUGUCAUUCCAGUCACAACACUUAAAGAAAAUAAUCCUGAUGUUCAAAAAAGAUUAUUAAUUAGAAAAAGUGUUAAUAAUAUGGAGUGGUUGUGUAAAACCUGUAAUAAGUAUUGAAAAACAAUAAGGUGCCUCCUUGUGCUGCCGUAAAUGGGCUGCAGUUUCCGCAAAAACCUUCGUUUUUUUUUAUCUAAAUGAAUUAGAGUGCAGAUUGCUUGCUCCAAGACUUGAAUUUCAAAAAUUAAUGCAGGAUCCUAGAGGUAGACAACUAAAAAUCAAUGGAAACAUUGUUAAUGUUCCAGCACAUGUUGUUAAUACUGUUAACAUGUUGCCAAGGUUUCCAAAUGAGACCAGCACAAUUAAAGUUAACCUUAAGAGAAGAUUGCAAUACAAAAGUUCAGCUUUAUCACCAAAUGUCAGACCAAAUAAAGUAGCAGAAGCUGCCAAAUGGCUUGUAAAUAAUGGUAAUCUCUUUAAAGAUGAAGGUAUAACUUUCAAUGACACUUGGCUUGAAGAUAAUUCAAAUACUCAAAUGGUAUUUGAUGAUACUGACAAUGAUCAACUUCAGAGGGUUCAGAAAGUUUUGUAGACUGUAAUGCAGAAAGCUUGAAUUGUGAUACUGAAUGUAAAACCCAGCAAUCAUCUGCAUGUGAUGAUGAUGAACACUGGAGUGAAGACGAGGCAGAAAUACCUGCUGGAAUCACUGACACUAUGUUAACAUCUCCAGAAUUUGUCACUGAUAAUGAACGUCAGCAUAUUUUAAAUGUUGCACCUGGUGAGGGAAAUAGGCCUAUGAGUAUAUUUAGAGAUAAAUACUCAGGGGAAUUAGCAUAUCCGGGUAUAUUUCUUUUACAGAAGCGACCAGACAAUACAAAUAGACCAACCAAAGUCCAUUAUAGUGAAAUUUGUAAAUCUGAGUUAAGAAGGUCUGACCGAAGGGCUGCAAUGUAAAACAAAGAAAUUGCAAAUGAAGAUUUUGCUUGGGCAAUCACAAGUUGCAUUGAGAAAAUGUCAACGAAAUAGUAACACAAUCACUGCCGGUCAAUUAAAACAACUGGGUGCAUUAGAUAACAUGAUUCAUCAGGAUAAAGGAUUUAAAUUUCUUAGAGCUGUGAGGGGUUCAACUCCAUAUUUUCAAAAAGCUACAAAGGAUAUAUUUGCAAUGAUCAGGCAAUUAGGAUCUGCUUCAUUAUUUUGUAGUUUUUCUUCAGCGGAAACCCAAUGGAUUCAUUUGCUGAGAAUACUUGGUAAACUCGUUGAUAACAAAACAUACACUGAUACUGAACUUGAGAACCUCAAUUGGGAAGAGAAAAGUAGGUUAAUUCAGAGCGAUCCUGUGACAUGUGCCAGGCAUUUUGAUUAUCAAGUACACAAGUUUUUGCAAAACUUUCUUUUAAGUAAUGCUGCACCUCUAGGAAAAAUUGCAGACUGGUUCUAUAGGGUUGAAUAUCAACAAAGAGGAUCACCUCAUAUUCACAUGUUAAUAUGGCUAGAAAAUGCUCCUACAUUCAGGGAAUAUUCUGAUCGUGAUGUUGUUUCAUUCAUUGAUACGAUAAUCACAUGUGAAAAGCCAACCGAGAAUCCAGAUUUACUUGCACUUGUAAACAGGCAAGUUCAUCGCCAUUCUCACACUUGUCGAAAGAAAUCCAAAAGUGUGUGUCGUUUAAAUAACCCACAGCCACCUAUGAGGUCAACCAAAAUUCUAUAUCCAUUAGAUAUUGAUAUGGAUGAUAAUGAAGUUGAUCAACAUAAAGAUACUUGGAAAUUUAUAAAGAAACAUCUGAAUGAUAUGAAAGAGGGUGAGGACAUUACAUUUGACCAGCUGCUUGUAAAUCUUAAACUGACAGAACAAAACUAUUUGCUAGCUGUUCAAUCUAGUCUCAAGACACCAACUAUAUUCUUAAAAAGGAAACCGAACGAACUAAGGAUCAAUAAUUAUAAUGCUGUAUGUCUCAGUGCAUGGCGUGCAAAUAUGGAUAUUCAGUUUGUACUAGAUGUAUAUGCAUGUGCAAUAUACAUUGUAUCAUAUAUAUCCAAGGCUCAAAAAGGCAUGAGUGAGCUAUUGAGAACAGUUUGUGAAGAAGCAAAAAGGGGAAACUCAACAAGUGAGAGAUAUUGGAAAUAGGUUUUAAUAUACAUUGUAUCAUAUAUAUCCAAGGCUCAAAAAGGCAUGAGUGAGCUAUUGAGAACAGUUUGUGAAGAAGCAAAAAGGGGAACCUACAACAAGUGAGAGAUAUUGGAAAUAGGUUUUAAACAACAAGUGAGAGAUAUUGGAAAUAGGUUUUUGAAUAAUGUUGAAAUAAGUGCACAAGAAGCAGGAACAAUGUUGAAAUAAGUGCACAAGAAGCAGUCUAUACAGUACUUCAACUUCCAAUGAGGAAAUCUUCUCGUCAAGUAGUAUUUAUAAAUACUUCACCUCCUGAGGAUAGAGUUCAGUUACUAAAACCAUUGCAAGAAAUUAAUGAUUUGGAAGAUGAUUUUGAUGAAAUUUAUGCAUCUGGUCUAAUAAAGCGUUACACAAAACGACCAUCCAAACUUGAAAAUGUGUCCCUUGCAGAUUGGGCUGCAUGGUACGACUCCACUGAUAAGCCAUAUAUCAAACCAUCUCGUGAAUUAGAUAUUGAUAAUUAUUCACAUGAGACAAACUUGAGUGAUAAUGAUGAUAAUAAUGAGGAAGAAGAAAGCGAACAAAAGAAGGAAGUUGAUUCUGAAAAGCAUUACCGUGAACUAAUCAUGUUAUUCACUUCAUGGAGGGAUGAAAUAACUGAUUUAUUAGGAAAUUGUGCUUCUUACCAAGAACACUAUUUUCAAGUUAAAAAUACAGUAGAUGAGCAAAUGAAAUGUUAUGCUAUGAGUAGUGAUCAUGAAGAUCUGAAUGCGAUUCAAGACCAGCUUAAUAAUGUGGAAGAUAAUGAUGAAAACUAUGACCUGAUUGCCCCAGGAACACAAAACAUUGAGCGUCAAGAUGAAAAUGAAGGUGCACAAGACCUUCAUCCAGAAUUCAAUGAAACCUAUGACCUAUCUGGUGAUCUUGGAAUUCCUUCAGCUGCAUCUAAUACUGAGCAGCUGAUGUUGCAUGAAGAACAGGAUGAUGUUUACAGAGGAAUCGUACAAAAAUUAAACAGAGAACAAAAAGAAUUUUUCUUCCAUGUUUUACAUCUUAUUAAAACUUCUGACAAUCCAUUCUACUGUUUUCUUAGUGGAGGAGCAGGAGUUGGCAAGUCACAUCUUACUAAGUGUCUUUAUCAAGCAGCAUUAAAGUAUUAUAAUACUAGAGCAGGUGAUGAUUUCCAUCAAGUGAAAAUAUUAAUGCUUGCACCUACUGGUAAAGCAGCUUACAAUAUAUCAAAGGUAACACAAUACAUAGUGCACUUUCAAUACCUGCAUGUCAAUCUUUAAAGAAUUACAAACAUCUUGAUUCAAGCAGGUUAAUCACCUUACGGUGUCAACUUGGUGGUUUAAAACUAAUAUUUUUGGAUGAGAUCUCAAUGGUGAGUAGUGCAAUGUUUAAUGUUCAAAUAAAUAAUAGACUGAAAGAUAUUAAAGGAAGUAAAGACGAUUUUGGUGGUGUAAGCAUGGUUGUUAUCGGUGAUUUAUUUCAGCUGGAACCUGUAAUGGACAGGUAUAUAUUUAAAAAUCUAGACAAUUCAGAAUAUGCAGUUCUUGCUCCUAAUAAAUGGCAAGAUAACUUCAAUAUGUUUGAAUUGGAAGAAAUUAUGCGCCAAAGGGAGAGCAAAGUGUUUGCUGAAAUAUUAAACAGACUUAGGGAAGGAAAACAUACUAAGGAUGAUAUUUUGAAACUAAAAGAAAGAUUAAUAAAAGAAAAUAGCAUCCAAGAUCCCAUGGAUGUGCCUCACUUGUUCAUACAAAAUAAGAAGGUAAAUGAAUUCAAUGAAAGAGUGCAUAAUGCAGCAACUGGUGAAAAGUUUUCAAUCAAAGUAAUAGACAGUGUUAUAGGAGCUAACUCUGCUCAACUUCGAGAUAAAAUUUUGAGUCAAAUACCAGAUGAUCCCAGGAAAACUAAACAAAUUGCUUCAAACCUUCAAUUGUCGGUGGGGGAAAGAACUGAGAUAGCAUUAAAUGUACGCACUGAUGAUGGGAUCACUAAUGAUGCUGGUAAUGUUGUUAAAAAGAUACAAUUAAAUCAAAUAGAUAGACCUUCAGGUAUAAUAUGGGUCCAAUUUGACCAUUCAGAUGUUGAUGAGAAGACCAGACAUGAAAAUAUACGUCUUUAUGUUCACGGUAUUGA